CAGGGGCCCGUGGGAGCAUUUGCAGUUGAGAUCCCUGGGGAGGGCUGCUGUGGGUGUGGACGAGGCUGCCUGGGCGUGUGGUGCCAGGCCGGGCCAGGUGAGGUGUCUGCUGCAAGGUGGCUGAUGACAGGUCUUCGGGAGGAGGACCCGGGACUCAAGAUGAGCCUAUGUCUGGCUGGGCGGUGCCUGCUCCUUGUUUUGUGGUGGGAGAUUGUGGGGGAGCUGAGGCUUUGGUGGGAGCAGGCCUCGUCCAGUGGGGCAGAUUCCUGGUCAGGCUGUCAGGGAAGAAGGACCGUGGUGGGCCCGGGCUGGGGGUUCCUGAGCCCGGUCAGCACGGAGCACCUGAUGGGGCAGAGACAGUGACAUCUGAGUCAUAGCGUCUGGGGGACUUGGCGUCUUCCACUGGAGUGUGUGCACAUUGUGUGAAGACACUGGCAUCCUCUCAUCAUGUCUGCUGUGUUCAUAGGACAGGUCACUCACACCCUUCCUCAGGGCGACCCCAGGCGCUGCUCUUCUCUGUGGGGCCUUAAGUGUGCAGCCUGGCACUGCCCCGGCCCCUCCCUCCUGGCCAUGUGACCUCAGCAGGUCCAGGUCUGUCAGGAACUCUGCGUCAGUUCCUCAUCUAUAAACCAGGGAUGGUAACAGCCGUGCGUCCCUUGGGAAGCGUUGGGCAGCCCCGACCUCGGCCCACUGUGUGUCAGCACUUUUUGGAACAUCUUGGCACAGGGUCCAUAGCUGUCCUGGGCACAGCUCCUGCUGGACGUCUGGGCCUGGAAGGCUGAGCAUGGCCACCAGCGCAUCCACUGUGGGCCUGACCGUGACCCACCACUGGGCCCAGCCUCUGUGGCUCCUGUCCCCAGAUGCCAUAUGGGGGAAGUCCUAGGCUUUGAAGGCAUCUCAGGCUCCAGGGCUGCCCACCGUUCAUACUGCCCUCCCUGCCUCCCCCAGGACACAGGGGAACCCUCCCCAGCAGAGGGACCUGAAUUCGUGGUGGUCAGGGUUCUGCUGUCGCUUGUUUCUGCUUCAAUCUCAGUGCUGUGCGAACUUCCAUCCCCUGCACUCCUUUGGCUGUAAGGACUGGAAAUGCAGUUCAGAUCAGCCCAGGGGUUCUCCAGCUCCUGGACCUGGCGAGUGUGAUGGGGCGAGCCCAGCUGCAGGCCCUGUUUGUGCUCUUCGUCCUGGCCUACAUCCAUAUCGUCUUCUCCCGCUCGCCCAUCAACUGCCUGGAGCAUGUGCGUGACAAGUGGCCUCGCGAGGGCAUCCUGCGUGUGGAGGUGCGGCACAACUCGAGCCGCGCGCCCGUCUUCCUGCAGUUCUGUGACGGCGGAGGUUCCGGGAGCUUCCCGGGCCUGGCCGUGGAGCCAGGCAGUAGCCUGGACGUGGAAGACGAGGAGGAGGAGGAGCUGACCAUGGAGAUGUUUGGGAACAGCUCCAUCAAGUUUGAGCUGGACAUCGAGCCCAAGGUGUUCAAGCCGCCGAGUAGCACAGAGGCCCUGAAUGACAGCCAGGAGUUCCCCUUCCCCGAGACGCCCACCAAAGUGUGGCCACAGGACGAAUACAUCGUGGAGUACUCGCUGGAGUAUGGCUUCCUGCGCCUGUCGCCGGCCACCCGCCAGCGUCUGAGUAUCCCUGUCAUGGUGGUCACCCUGGACCCCACGCGGGACCAGUGCUUUGGGGACCGCUUCAGCCGCCUGCUGCUGGAUGAGUUUCUGGGCUACGACGACAUCCUCAUGUCCAGCGUGAAGGGCCUGGCGGAGAACGAGGAGAACAAGGGCUUCCUGCGGAACGUGGUGUCCGGCGAGCACUACCGCUUCGUGAGCAUGUGGAUGGCGCGCACGUCGUACCUGGCCGCCUUCGUCAUCAUGGUCAUCUUCACGCUGAGCGUGUCCAUGCUGCUGCGGUACUCGCACCACCAGAUCUUCGUCUUCAUCGUGGACCUGCUGCAGAUGCUGGAGAUGAACAUGGCCAUCGCCUUCCCCGCAGCGCCCCUGCUGACCGUCAUCCUGGCCCUCGUCGGGAUGGAGGCCAUCAUGUCCGAGUUCUUCAACGACACCACCACCGCCUUCUACAUCAUCCUCAUCGUGUGGCUCGCGGACCAGUACGACGCCAUCUGCUGCCACACCAGCACCAGCAAGCGGCACUGGCUGCGGUUCUUCUAUCUCUACCACUUCGCCUUCUAUGCCUACCACUACCGCUUCAAUGGGCAGUACAGCAGCCUGGCCCUGGUCACCUCCUGGCUCUUCAUCCAGCAUUCCAUGAUCUACUUCUUCCACCACUACGAGCUGCCCGCCAUCCUGCAGCAGGUCCGCAUCCAGGAGAUGCUGCUGCAGGCACCACCACUGGGCCCUGGGACCCCCACGGUGCUGCCCGAUGACAUGAACAACAACUCGGGCACCCCGGCUACCGCCCCGGACUCUGCCAGCCAGCCCCCCGCCCUGGGCCCCGUCUCGCCCGGUGCCGGAGGGAGUCCCGGGCCUGUGGCCACGGCGCCCAGCUCCCUGGUGGCCGCAGCAGCCUCAGUGGCAGCAGCUGCUGGUGGUGACCUGGGCUGGAUGGCAGAGACCGCUGCCAUCAUCACAGACGCCUCCUUCCUGUCUGGCCUGAGCGCCUCCCUCCUGGAGCGGCGUCCAGCCAGCCCACUGGUCCCUGCUGGGGGCCUCCCUAACGCCCCUCAGGACAGUGUCCCCACGAGUGACUCCGCAGCUUCCGACACAACUCCCCUGGCAGCUGCAGUGGGCGGGCCUAGCCCGGCCUCCAUGGCCCCAACAGAGGUGCCCUUGGAGGCUGGGUCCUGAGCCGCACAGCUGAGCCGCCUCUGACCCCUGCUGGCUGGGCCUGACCUUCUGGAGUCUGUGGGGGCUGGGGAGUCGCCACCUCCUUCCUCUGGGACUGCCCAGCCUGUGUCGGGGGCUUUCAGGGUGUCAUGGGGUUUGCCCGGAAGGCGGGCUUCCCUCCCCGUGGUGUGAGGUUGUGCCCGAGGCUUGUACCCGAUAGUGAGCUGUUUGAGCUGGCCAGCAAAGAGAGGGGGUGGGGUUCCGUGGAAGGUUCUGGAGGGGGCUUGGUGAAAGGUCUGUAAUGAACCGUCUUGAGGAUGGAGUGGGGUCCCAUGGUGCAGGUCUCUGAGCAAGGCGGAGGUGUGGAGGAGAGGCCGGGAUGGAGCGGGGCCUUGGACCCUAGCGCUGUCCCUUCCGGCCUCAGCCCGGCUCUGCCUGGUGCUCCCUGCAGUGCCUUCUCCAUGGCCCGGCCCUCCCCGCGUGUGCACCAGGCCUGGGGUUCCCAGGAGAGUAGAGCUUGUGCCUCGGGCAUAGGGACGUGGGGUGCAGGUGCCAACAGCAGCAGCCAGGGCUGUGGGCCAGCCCCACUCGGGGUGGAGUGGGCCGGGGGCCAAACCAGUCACUCGGAGAGGAAUGCGGAGGAGCGCUCAUUCCAUUCUAUUUAAUUGCAGUGUACAAAAUUGUGUUUGUAUAUAGAAUAAACUGUCUGUUGA